UUGUACCGCGGGUGCUGGUGGAGGUCGGAGACGUUUCGCUGAUGCACGGGGAAGAGAGUUGUUUACAAACAAGUAAUUGUCAGAAAGGAAAAGUGAAAGCGUCGCUGAAACUUGCGGGUUUAGCUCAACGCUGGGUUUCUCAUCCUCAUGGAGACUCACAGCAGAUUGUAGUCUGUAAUAUGAAACACUUCGCUGGGUGAUAUUUCCUCUGAUAGAUAAAGCUGAGCAGGUGCAGUGUCUGAAGUUGCACAGAGGUGUUGGCUGUGGGCAGUCUGCAGGACACAUGGCAGAUGAAAGCAACAAGCUGACACUGAGGCGCCUGGAGGCACCGAUCCACAAGUUCAUUAAAGUGGCUCUGCCCACGGACCUGGAGAGGCUGCAGAAACACCACAAUAACAUACUGAAGUACCAACACAGCCAGCAAUGGGACCGCCUUCAUCAGGAGCACAUCAACGCCAGCAGAACUGUUCAGCAGCUGAGAGCGAACAUCAGAGAGAUGGAGAAGCUGUGUUCUCGGGUCCGUGUCGAAGACGCUCAUGGUCUGGAAGCGCUCGUAAAGCCAGUCAGGGACAGAGCAUCAGCCGCCGCAUACGACUUCUUGCUUUUGCACUCUAACCCCGUGCCCCAGCCCACACUACCUCCAUCACCUGCGUCUGCCAGCGGUUUCCACCGUGAGGACGAUGUGGGCAAGGAGUCGAUGUCUGGCGGCAGGCAAAUACAGCUGCAACUUCCAGAGAUUCCUGCAGAUCAGAGUGCGGCUGAGUCCUGGGACAACCUGGAAGAGGAUCUGAAGGAGCUGAGCGGUUUGGUGACAGAGUUCAGUCUUCUUGUCCAUUCCCAGCAGGAGAAGAUUGACAGCAUAGAGGACAACGUCAACACAGCCGCUGCCAACGUGGUGGAGGGGACCAAGAGCCUGGGGAAGGCGGUGGGCUACAAGAUGGCGUUGCUGCCAAUUGCCGGGGCGCUGCUGGGCGGUGCGCUAGGAGGACCACUCGGGCUGCUGGUCGGGCUUAAAGCCGCUGGGGUGGCCGCUGCUCUGGGAGGUUCUCUGGGGUUCGCGGGGGGCAGCCUGGUCCGGAAACACCGCAAAACCCGACUGGAUCUACAGAUGAAGCAAGUGACACCGCAACAGCCAGACAAAGCAGAGUCCAGCAAAGACAAAUGAUGCGGUUGGUCCUCUGUCCUCAGCUGCUGGUUAAUCACUGAGGUUUCCCAUGUUGCCCGACCAAUUAGAAGGAAAAGCCAAACUCAAAGAGACUCAGUGUUUGACUUUGGCGUCUUGUAUGUCUGGAAUCAAUGACACAUUUACAGCCUUGUUGAAGAGCUGGGUACUUUUAUGUUUGUGUGUGAAUAGUGUUUCUGUGAGGACGUUAUUCUACUUUUAUACACACAACUGAUUUUUUUUUUUUAUUCUGAUCACAGCAAAGCAGUGAUUUUUAAUUGAGCUGCGAGUGAGGCCAGUCUGACAUAGCCUCGCUCAUUUAAAUACGUUUAACUGACACAUAUAUUCUGUCAAACGCUGCUUAGGGAGACACCUGUUUUCACCAGGGUUCGUCAGUUUACCUAGAAUCAUGACUCAAUAAUCUUUUCAGGCACAGUCACACAUACACGAAUGUGAAGCAAAUAUAUCGUGGGUCAAAGUUCACCUAAACUCCACGAGGAGCCACACUGCAAUUCACCCCAGGAAUCGAAGGCUUUAUUCUGGCUCGCAGAUUGGAAGUGGGAGGGAGGUGAAGGUUCGCCACGGAAACUAUGUCAACAGCUCUACUACUGAGACUAUAUAAUAAUAAUAUUGUGUAAAGAAAAUGUUUUUUGACUACCAUCUCUGUGGUGCUGCAUUUAUUCAUUAAUGUAAAUUGAAAGUGGCACUGCUUCAGAGUUUAUAUCAAUUAUUUUCCAUUUACACACAGAGUUGUUGUUUUUGCACAAAAAGCACCCAAGUGCCACAGUCCAGUUCAGUGACUCUAAGAACCUGCCAUGUAUUGAUUUCACCUCUGCUGGUUUUCUGCCAAAUAAAACCUUUCAUUUCA